GGGAUGCGGGGAUGCUCGGCGCCCGGGGACGGCUCUCCGCCCGCUCCGCCGACUUCUCCCCCAGCCCCGGGCGGGCUCUAAAAGUCCUUUCGUGUAAAACAAACUAUAUAGGGGGCUUGGAGGUGGUGGGGGGAACAACAGCGGUUUGUCUGGACCCGCGAACGCCCGGCGGAGAGCGGCUGAAUGUGCAGCCCGCUAAUGAACAAUCCCUUUGCCCUGACCAUGAAAGAGAGGGGGGACCUCAGGUAGCAGCGUGGCUCGUAACUGAAGGCUUGGGGAACUUAAUGCUCAGUUGCCCAGAGGCAGUCAGACAGAAAUCCUCACCACCCCUGUGAGACACAGAGGGAGAAGCAGCAAGGCCAGUGCUGCCACUGUCAACCCUCUGACUGCACAGCAUCCUGCUGGGACCACUGCGCAUCUCACCACCCAACGCGGUUACAUUGACACCACCAUCCUUUGGGAGAAAGGAAUUUUAACUCCAAAGAGCCUCUCUUGUCAGAGCUGUUGUACUGAUGACCAGAUGCUAUAUUUAUCUUAUGUAUUAGUGUUCAAAAACCCCAAUAAUUAUUUAAGACAGACCACAGUUUAAGGCACUUUCCACAGCGACGCAUUUGCGGCAGACAAGAAGGUGGAGGAAAACCUGAUCCAGCACCAUCUCACGGCCUCUCCAAUUUACUCCUAUCAAAUUUCAUCAGCAACUCAGAACUUGAUCUUUCUAUUGAUUGACUGGAGUCACCUCUAGAUAUUUUCAUGCUGAUUUGGAAGCCUUUACAUACAAUAAAAGGCGGGGGAAAAAUGAGGUUAAGGAAGACUUUUGACCACUGAGCAGCAACUCCAGCCAAAACUUUCCCAAUCAAGUGAUUUGCAAAGUUGGCUUCUGCACUGAGAGAAACUUUCCACAUCCAAGUACAGCGUGCAGAGGGGACCCUUCCAGCCAAGACUUUCCCAAUCAAGUGAUUUGCAAAGUUGGCUUCUGCACUGAGAGAAACUUUCCACAUCCAAGUACAGCGUGCAGAGGGGACCCUUCCAGCCAAGGCUUUCCCAAUCAAGUGAUUUGCAAAGUUGGCUUCUGCACUGAGAGAAACUUUCCACAUCCAAGUACAGCGUGCAGAGGGGACCGUUCCUGUUAUCGACUGGAUCUCCUUAGGCUGGAUCAUUUUUAAAUGAGGAGUUUCCAUGCUGAUCCCGAGAGCAACCCCUAGCCCAGUAGCUGCCUUCCUCGGGACUCUCGGCACUGCCCUCGCCCAGGGAUCCCACAUUUGGGCACAGCUGCCAUGCUCUACCUGGUUGCUCUCCUCUUGCACUGUCUCCCCUUGGCCAUGGGACAAUAUGACAUUUGCAAGUCCUGGGUGACGACGGAUGAUGGCCCGUCAUGGGAGUUUUAUGCUUGUCAACCCAAGGCCAUGCGGAUGAAGGAUUACGUGACAGUACGGGUGGAUCCAGCAGGAAUCACUUGUGGGGACCCACCGGAGAGGUUCUGCACCCAUGAGAACCCGUACCUGUGCAGCGAUGAGUGCGAUGCCUCCAACCCCGACCUGGCCCACCCACCCAAACUCAUGUUUGACAGCGAGGACGAAGGGCUGGCCACGUACUGGCAGAGUGUGACGUGGCGCCGGUACCCGGAGCCGCUGCUGGCCAACAUCACGUUGUCCUGGAACAAGAGCAUCGAGCUGACGGAUGACAUCGUGAUAACCUUUGAGUACGGCCGGCCCACCAUCAUGAUGCUGGAGAAGUCACUGGACAACGGGAGGACUUGGCACCCAUACCAAUAUUACGCAGAUGACUGCAUGGAGGCCUUCAGCAUGCCAGCACGGAGGGUCCGGGACCUCUCCACCACCAGUGCCAACAGGGUCCUCUGCACGGAGGAGUAUUCCCGCUGGGCGGGCUCCAAAAAAGAGAAGACCGUCCGGUUCGAGGUGAGGGACCGCUUUGCCAUCUUUGCUGGCCCUGACCUCAAGAACAUGGACAACUUGUACACCCGGCUGGAGAGCGCCAAAGGGCUCAAAGACUUCUUCACCGUGACCGACCUGCGGAUGAGACUGCUGAGACCGGCCCUGGGGGGCACCUACGUGCAGAGGGAGAACUUGUACAAGUACUUCUAUGCCGUCUCCAACAUUGAAGUCACUGGCAGGUGUAAAUGCAACCUCCACGCUAACCUGUGCACCUUCAAAGAGGGCAGCCUUCAGUGCGAGUGCGAGCACAACACCACGGGGCAGGACUGCGGCAAGUGCAAGAAGAACUUUCGCUCCAGGUCUUGGCGAGCAGGGUCCUACCUGCCUCUCCCCAACGGGUCCCCCAACGCAUGUGCAGCUGCAGGCUCAGCCUUUGGCAACUGCGAGUGCUACGGCCACUCCAACCGCUGCAGCUACAUCGACUUCCUGAACGUGGUGACCUGCGUGAGCUGCAAGCACAACACGAGGGGCCAGCACUGCCAGCACUGCCGCCUGGGCUUCUACCGCAACAGCUCGGCAGAGCUGGAUGACGAGAAUGUAUGCAUAGAAUGUAACUGCAACCAGAUCGGCUCCAUGCACGACCGCUGCAACGAGACCGGCUACUGUGAAUGCAAAGAAGGUGCCACGGGGCCCAAGUGUGACGACUGCCUGCCCAACUACUACUGGAGACAGGGCUGCUUCCCCAACGUCUGCGACGACGAGCUCCUGCUCUGCCAGAACGGUGGCACCUGCUACCAGAACCAGCGCUGCAUCUGCCCCGUGGGCUUCAAGGGGGUCCUGUGCCAGCAAUCCAGGUGUGAAGCCGACAAACAGGACUGCGACGGUGCCUCCAGCGCCCACAGCAGCCUCGGCACCAUCCUCCUCGGGGUGCUGGCCCUCCAGCUGCGCGGCUGGGUGGACCUCUGAAGCCGCAGAGGAAGGAGCCCAGCCCAGGCACCAUCACCCGAGGGACCCGGGGAGACCAAGGUAACGGGGUGGCUCUCCCCGCCGUCUCCUCCGCCUUCCUUCACGCUAGGACUUGCACAACGUCUUUUUGGUCCACUUUUCCAAGCAGAGAGGUAUGCAGAAAACCAGGGGCUGACUCCUGCUGAUGGACCCGUCCCGGCAGCAGCCGGGGUGGCCGCAGCGCAGAGCCGGCUGCCGGGCAGGGGCACGGGGACUGCAGCAGCCUGUGCCAGGACCACGGUCCCGCAGCCCGGUGGGGACACGGGGCCCGUCCUUCCCUCCACCCAGCGACUCUCCUUCCCUGCCCUGCACAGGGCAACCCGGGGCCGGGGUCACCGGGGGCCCUGGUGAAAUAGUGCCGCGAUCCAAGGGAUAUUUUUUUUAUUAUUACUUUCUUUACUUUGGUAUAGGCUGGGGUGUUUUUAUUUUUCCUCUUCUUAGCGUCCUGUUUUGAAAGAGCCUGUCAUGACAACUCCAGAGCCCCGUAACACAACAGGCAGGGGAAGGGGAGGGAGGGAAGGGGGGGGACUCUGGUCCAUCCUUGCUGCAUAGUCCCACAUCCCACCACGGGCCCGGUCUGGCCAUGCACAUACUGUUGCCUACAACUCUAGUUGCUGCAUUGAUUUUGUAUUUUCAUUGCUGGGUUUUGUUUUCUUGCACUCACGGAGAACACAGGGGCCAUCAGGCGUACGGUACGUGAGGAGUGCGGUGUCUUAUCCACACAUUUCCGUAUAGUGUACGGUUCAAAUUACUUUUUUUGGUAGAGACUUAUUUUUGUUUGGAUUAAAUGUUAUAAAAGAACCACAACUUAAAGGGACGUUUUGCCAUGAGCGUUUGAUUCUGGUGUAACCUCCUCCAGUAAAGCAACUAUCAAUUGCUGCUUGAUCACCACGUUUUCCUUUUUGUGUGCACAGUUAAUUACAGGUAAAGACUUAUUUUUUGAUUGAUAA